ACCGUCAGUCAGUGCAGACCAGCGCUCGAAUCGUUUCGCUGGUUCCCUACCGUUCCGUUUACCAUCACUCGAACACGUUACACGCCGUCGCAUUAAUAUUUUCAAAUCGAAAUUGUUUAUCGUUAAGGUAUAUAUAAUUUUUUUCACGUUUUGUUUUCGUGUUCCGUGCUCUAGAUCAAAAACAAAAGAAAAAAGAAAAUAAUAAUUAAAAGACACAAAAAAAACUGAAGAAAAUACGGUUAAACGACAUGGUCGUCUGGUCCCAGUGUUUCGUAUUAAUAAUAGGCCGAGAAUGUCCCUUGGGCACAGCUCCAACGUGAAGCCGCCACCGUUGUUUUCGUAUUUAUCAUAACACAAUAUCUAGAUUUUCGUUUAAAAUAAAUAAAUAAAAAUAAAAUACACGAAUUACGUAUGUAUACGUAGACUGCAGUAUAUUAUACCAGAUACACCUACAACCACGGUAUAUAUACAUAUUAUAAUACAGUACAUUCGCACAUAUAUCCGUCAUAUCAUAUAUACAUCUGAGUCGCUGACAAGUCACCCGGACGUUGUAUAUAAUUUUCUUCUCUGAUAAAAAUAUAUAAAAAUAUUAAAAACGAAAUUGUGCUGUCGGUUAUUGGAGCUGUCUCUAUAUGUCGUAACGCAUCGUGUCGUCCUGCAGGAUUAUAUUGUACGAGCACUACUACAACUAGAACUACUACUACUACUACUAAUACUACUACUACUAGGCACUACUAAUAGUAGUACAACUUCCUAUAAUAACAGUCGUCGUUCGAACCGAAAUCCAGCGAAUCUGAUGCAUGGAUACGUUGACCAGAAACAUGCCGUCCAAAAAGCAGUACAACCUCGUGCCCAACGAUGAUUACGACACUAGAAUACCUAUGCAUCCGGAAGAGGCGUUCGAGCACGGUAUUACAUUCCACGCCAAGUUCAUUGGAUCUCUGGAUGUUCCCAGGCCAGUGAACCGAGUCGAAAUAGUAGCAGCCAUGAGGCGGAUUAGAUAUGAGUUUAAAGCUAAAGGAAUAAAGAAGAAAAAAGUAUCCAUAGAAGUUUCCGUCGAAGGGGUCCGAAUUACUUUAAGAAAGAAAAAAAAGAAAAAACAAUGGACGGACGAGAAUAACCUGCUACUAAUGCAACAUCCUAUUUAUAGAAUAUUUUACGUUUCUCACGAUUCUCAAGACAUGAAAAUAUUCAGUUACAUAGCUAGAGAUGGUUCCACCAACGUGUUCAAGUGUAAUGUGUUCAAGGCAAAUAAAAAGAGCCAAGCGAUGCGAGUGGUGCGGACGGUAGGCCAAGCGUUCGAAGUGUGCCACAGAGUGAACCCGUCCGAAGACGGCGGCGACAGGGACGACGAGGACGGGACGUCGUUCAGACGUCGCGACGACGAUGAUGACGACGACGACGACUGCGACGACGACGACGAUCCCCGAGGAGACGAUUCGGGCGACGAAGACGACGAGGCGGACGACGGUUCCGUGUCUAAACGAGACACAUUCGAAAACCAAGGUAGACUGGAAACAUCUGUUGGAAACGAUUCUGUUUCAUCAUUGGACGGAGCUAGAAGGGACGGAGGACCCAACGACAUACAACGACCUUUACGACUAGAUAUCAUUCCACCACCAUCGGCCUCGUCAGUCAACCACAGACGUUCCUCGCCAAUGAACGGCAGUGAAGUAUUUAGCUCUCCAAUGACUGAAACAUCCAAAGGUGACGGGGUCCCGUUGUCCUCUCUGAGCGUACAACACGAAAUGCAAUUAUUGCGCCAGCAACUGGACCAGCAAACGCAUCAGACACAAGCUGCAGUGGCUCAAGUUCACAUGCUCAGGGACCAGUUGGCGGCAGAAACAACCGCCAGGAUGGAGGCUCAGGCGCGGACACACCAGCUCUUGGUGCACAACAAGGAACUGCUGGAUCACAUCGCCUCGUUGGUGUCGUUGCUGCACGACCAGGAGAGGAUCAGAAGUGAACUGCAACACCAUUCGCUUCCCCCGUUGAGUCCCGGUUCCAAGUUGUCCCGAUGGUUUGAGUUGCAACCCGACUCGGAUGCGCUGCCGUUGUUCAGACCUGAGAGCGGGUUCGUGGACUACCCGCUGGACGACUACCAGUCCACUGAUAGCCUAUUGCAAAAGAACAAGCCCAAAAGAAGGUCCAACCUCAGCUUAAAACUCCGGAGAGUUACCACAUUUUGACAUUUGAGCUCUCGAUUUGAAUUAGAUGUUUAACGAUUGUUCAUCUAAACGCGAGACAGCCAAUUGCACAGCGGCGCUGAAGUGCAGACCAUCUAUGUUCGGAAUCCGUAACUUGAUGUCCAAUUAGUGUUCAAAACAUGACAAUUCCCUUGACUUUUUUAAGUAAACUUAACAUUCUUUUCCUAAAAGAAAACCGCUCAUGACAUUCACUAGUCCUAUUUAUUUUUCCCGAUGGAAGGGUCUUAAUUCCUAUCAUUCCACUAGGAAAUAUUCAAUUUCAGACGAUAAUUUUAAAAAUCUAUCGAAGAUUACUACUAUAUUAUGAUAGGUACUAUGUAGUAUUGUAGUAGGCUACUUGUGGUUAUCUGAGCUAAUCGUACAUGAAUAAUGUGAAAUACUAUUUUAUUUAUUUUUUACCCUGUUUAACGUAUUAUAAUAUUUUUCUUUUAUGUUUUAUAUUGUUUUUACUCUUAACUAUUUAAUUUUUAUAAUAAUAUAUUACUCUAAUUUAAUCAAUACGCGAUCGAACAAUUAAUAUUAAUUAACCAACGUUAAUUAAUAUGUAGUUGGAAUUAGUGUCGCGGAGAGCAGGUUGCUUUACUGUUGUUUUCAAAUAAAUGGAAAACAAACAUUUGUAGAGCAGCAAGCUUAAAAGUUAAACUUGUACAUCAUAUGUUGAUAAUAUUAUACUCGUGUCUAAAAAAAAUAAGUGUAUUAUAUUCGUGUUAAAUUAAAUAACGAAUAAACAACAAAAGUUAUUAUGCUUAAAAACGUUUAUUAUGAUUAUGUUUCGUUAUAAUUAUUUAUUAAUGUGUAAACUAAGAUUGAUUUUUCGUAAAUGUCUAUACUUUUGUGAAAAAUGUACUUUUUUCGAUAUUACUUAUUAUAGUUUUAAAACGAUGAUGUAAUUAUUUUCGUUUUGUUUUUUGCUGUACGCUAGAAUUAUUUUAAAGCAAAUUACCACAUUUAUAAAUUUAAAAUGUUAGUAUAUACGUAUAAAAGUACAAAACAAAUAAUUAACAGCCAUUAAAUAAUAAUUAGGUCAAGGAUUCCGUUCAGUAUGUCCGUACUUAUAUACUCAGUUAAUAUAGGAAUUUCGACCACUUUCAUCAUAAUCCACGUCCCUAUAUGAUGAUAUAUCUUGAAACAUCCACACAUAUCUAAAUUGCUUUCACCGAACCUUUUGUCAAACACGAGAAAUUCCUUUUUCGAACAAUUGUCAUUCCAUUGCUAUUAAAAAUACAAUUUCGCUUAUGUACCAUAUAUAUCAUUAAACAUUUGUCAAAGCAACUGGAAUAAGUUGGGACGGAUAAUAACAUAAGUGUUUACCGUCGGGUAUCCCCCGCUGUGAUAGUAUAAGAAAAUGUAAGCUUUAUUUUUGAAAGUAAAAUAAUAGCAUACAGGAAAUUUUUUAUUUGUUCAGAUGAAUAGUAUUUCAGUUUUCUUUGUUCAGACAAAACAAUUCUUCAGUAUAUAGUAUAUGAAAAGUAUAAAGUACCCCCUUUAUAUAUAUAUUCAUAUUACGCUUCGAAGCACAGUAUCAAUAUUUUCAGAAAAGAUAUUUUUCUUCCGUGAAACUUAUCGACAGUUGUCAAGCAAAUGUUUACGUUCUCAAGAUUUUUUUUUUAUUGGCUGCGAAGAAAUUUAGGAAAUAUAUACUACGACUUCCGAAAAAUAAAAAUACUGAAUGUAAAUUUAUAUGUAUCUAGAAAAUACUAGUGAUAGCCUCAGAUUUUUAUAUUAUGAAAAAUGUACUUGAUUUUGCUAUAAGCAUGAGUUAAUUAUUAGUUUUAAACAUACGUACAGAAAAAUGUUAUAUGUGCUAAAAUAAAAUAAAUAUCUAUUAUAAUA